GGGUUUUUUUAAGGUUUAAAAAUCCUAGUUUGACUCAAAAGCAGGGAAGGGUGGAGAAGAAGGUGAAGAGUGAGUAGAUCUGACUGUGAAGGAAAAAUCCUCCCGAAGUUUUCUUCUUUCAAUUAAAGGGUCUUCAAAUAAUGCUCUGAAUCUUUCUUCUUCUUCUUUUCUGUUACCCGUAUCACUCUCAGACAAUGGCUCGUCCUUGUUUCCACAAGCUUGUUCUCUCCAUCACUCUUCAAUCCAGACAACUGAUUCUGAUAGAAGGAUGGUGCUUUCAGUAAGUUUUGUGGGUUUACAAAAGAACCUUUCUUGAAGGUUUUAUGAUUUCUUCAAGAGUUGAGCUGAGCUGAAUGUUGGUCCUGGAAUUGAUAGUGGGUUUGGAGGAUUCCGGAUAUUUUUCUGAGGAAAUAUGGGACCCAGCUUUCUACAGUUGCUACCCUCACUGUUCCUGAUGGUAGUAUUUGGCGUAUAGGAUUGAAGAAAGCUGACAGCAAAAUUUGGUUUGUUGAUGGUUGGCAAGAUUUUGUCCAACGGUACUCCAUUGGUGUUGGAUACUUUUUGGUGUUCAUGUAUGAAGGGAAUUCAUCCUUUAUUGUUCAUAUUUUUAAUUUGAGUACCUCUGAGAUAAAUUAUCAAUCGGCUAUGAGAAAUCAUAUGGAAGGACCCUGCUUUGUCAAUUACAAUCAUAUUUUCGAGGAAAUGGAAGACAUAGAUUCCAUUGAUUUGUCAGAUUUGUCACCUUCGUAUCUUACACCUGGUGCCAUGCAAAACAAGGGUUUUGCAGGAUCUGUAGAUCAACUGACACCUGGGAAGAGUCAUACUCCAGCUCUGCAGAAUUUGUUCAAUGGUGGCUCAAAACUGAAUCGUGUAAACUGGGGUGAUGGUGGGAGUUCUUACUCUUCUAAGAGUGCCAAUUCACAAGGUAGCCAGUCAACCAGAGACAUAGGUGUUCAGUUUAAUGCUGUUGAGUUUAAAAGGUCCACCGAUGAAUUGAAGUUGCGUUAUUCUAACGAGGAAGCAGUCAAUAAAACUGCAAAAAAGAAGCGGAAAUCAGAGUCCCAGGGCGAGGAACCCUCAGGUGAAAAUGAAGAGGAGGCAGAAAUGCGCUAUAGGUUUUAUGAAAGUGCAUCUGCAAGGAAAAGAACAGUGACAGCAGAAGAAAGAGAAAGGGCAAUUAAUGCAUCAAAAGCAUUUGAACCCACAAAUCCUUUCUGCAGAGUUGUCCUGCGACCCUCCUAUUUAUAUAGAGGAUGCAUAAUGUACUUGCCUUCUUGCUUUGCGGAGAAGAAUCUGAAUGGGGUAUCAGGAUUCAUUAAACUUCAGUUGUCCAAUGGCAGACAGUGGUCGGUUCGCUGUCUCUACAGAGGAGGUCGAGCCAAGUUAAGCCAAGGAUGGUUUGAAUUCACCGUGGAGAACAAUCUGGGGGAGGGUGAUGUAUGUGUGUUUGAGCUCCUUAGAACAAAGGAAGUUGUGCUGCAAGUUACUGUCUUUCACGUAACUGAAGAUGCAAGCUUGUUGAACUCUCCUCCUGUGCAGCAGCUGAGCCAAAAUAUGAGCCACACCAAACUCUUGAACCCUCAUUUGCAACAUCGCGUCAGCAGUACAGUGAAAUUGAUUAGAAAUUAGCGGGGACAGUUAAUCCUGAUAGCCAGUCUGUGAUAAAUAGACCUUGCUUCUGAGUGAUCUGUUGUUCAUCUAAUUCUUCACUUAGAACUUUGAUGCUUUACAUGUUCAUAAACAUUUGAACUUAGUUGUCCCAGUUCUGAUACAAAUAUAUUUCGGUUUUGACUUGGGUUGUAAAUAGAUUGUUCAAUCUAGUUGAUCAAAAACUGAGUUGAAAUGCUUGUGCUUCA